AUGCGGCACGGGUCGAGAAGGUCGACAUGGGUCGACAUGGGUCGAUACCGGACGCCGGGGGUCAGGCUCGGCGUUCGCCGGCGUUACCGCGACGUUACCCCGUUCCUGGGGACGUGGUACGAGAUCGAGCGGUUCUACGCGGACUACGAGGCGAACGGCAAGUGCACGAAGGUCGAGUACAGCACGACGCCGGACGGAAGAAUCGCCCUUAUCAGCACCGCCCUUCACGCCAGGACGGGAAGGCCCCUGGUGUCCUACGGGGUGGGGAGCUUCGACUACAGCGACCUCUCGCGGAUGAGCGUGCGUCUGAGCCCCACGCCGUCCUCGCCCGAGCCGGAGGAGUUCCCGUAUCUCGUGCUGGACACGGACUACGAGUCCUACGCCGUGCUCUUCUCCUGCUCGUCGCUCUGCCGGGGGCAGUAUCAUACGGAGACGGCGUGGAUCCUGGGCCGGGCGGCGGCGAUCUCCCGCGGGACGCUGGGCCAGAUCUACUCGCGACUGCGGGGGAUCGGGAUCGACCCGAAGCGAUUCCUCGCCGUGGACCAGAGCGACUGCGUGGACGUGUCCGUCGCCGUCCGCAGCGACGACCCGAACUUCGUCUUCUCGCGGAACCGCGCCAGGAAUUUCCUCGCGGGGUUCAACUCCAACAAUUUCCUGAGACGCUGAGGUCUCGGUCGUGGACUCGUGUGUAAAAUAUCUCGUCUCGAAGGUGGACUCGUGCUACGGUUCUCGACUGCUUAAACGUAAAGGUAGACUGACGCGAGGAACUGUUGAGGGUGCAGCUUAUUCGGAAUAAAGUG